AUGGAUUCGCAGGCUCAACUUGAUAAAAAAAAAAAGGCAUUUUUACAUUUUAUAUUGAGAAACUUUUUUUCUUAACUUAAAAAAGAGUCUAAUAUAAAAUAGAUCAUUCAAUCUAAAAAUGAAGAAUAGAUGAUUCAAUUUAAAAAAAAGAAAAAAUAUGGAAUAAAGGAAUUAAAUUUGGCUAGGUCUAAAGAAAAUUAAAGGGAUGUCAAAUUUAGGGCUUAUUUAACUCAUAUAGCUCCAAAUUUAAUUUUUAAAGCAAGAUUAAGUUUAGAAUCAAUUACUGAUUAUUUUGAAGAACUUGAUAUUUUAUAAUAAAUUGUACAAAGCCCAGAGAAGAGUUAUUAAUUGAAAUCAUUUAAAAAUUUGAAUUCUUCUAAAAAUAAAAAAUAAUAUCUAAAAAAAUCCUAAUAAUAGGAAUAAUAAAAUUAGGUUAUUACACUUGAUUCAGCAUAAAAUUAAUUAAUAGAAUAAUAAAAAUAUGAAAUAUUAUUUGAUGAAAAUGAUUAUUUUAUAAAUGAAAUAAAUAUGUCUGAAUAAAUUAUUUGA